GAUAACUAUGGUGGAGCGGGCCGGGAGUUCCGCGGAGCCUCUUCGCUACGCGGAGUACGUAGCCCGGAGCGCCGGCGGCGGUGGCAGCGGCGGCGGCCGAGAGCCGGACAUCAACUACGGCCUGGCCCGAUCUGUAAUCGGAGUCGGUCUGGGCAUAGCAGCGGUUGCCUUUGGAGGUCGUUUUGCAUUCCAGCUCCGGAAACCGCUAGAAGACAUUUUCUCCGAGGUAGCGAGAAAAAUUUCAGCUACUGCCGUUUCUGCGUAUUACAAAGGCGGAUUCGAAGCGAAAAUGAACGUUCGGGAGGCUAGCCUGAUUUUAGGCAUAAGCCCAUCUGCUGGCAAGGCCAAGAUUAGAAACGCUCACCGGAAAAUCAUGAUUCUGAACCACCCGGACAAAGGGGGAUCACCGUACUUGGCAACCAAAAUCAACGAGGCGAAAGAUCUGCUGGAAUCAAGCAGGAAAAAUUAGAGAUUUUGCACUGCGCGUCCGAAAAUUUUAAGAAGCCACACUAGAACUUCUUUUGCUUUCUCGUUUGUGUAGGAACCGCAGUACAGAAACCAAACUUUGGGGCUGGUUAAUAAAGUUGCAACAGACUUGAA